AUGUCAUCUAUAACAAGAGCUACAUUGCCACCUCCGCCACGUUUUAACAUUCCACCUCCACCUCUUCUUCCUCCUGAAUUUAAUCUUAAUCUCGCAGAUUUAACAUGUUCAUCUAUGAAACGAUUAUCAUCAAUUGAACCAAAACUUAUUUCUUAUAAAUCGAACAAUUAUUUUCUCCUUAUUAUUAGUACGGGUAUUUUUGUUCUCAUAUUAUUAUUAAUUUUAUUUCUAUUCUUAUCAUACAUUUAUUAUCGUCGAAAAAAAUAUUGUAAACAAAAAGUUUUAAAUGUUGAUCAUCCAUCGUCAAUCAAUAGUUCAUAUGCAACAAUAUCCGAUCAAAUAACAACAAAUGAUACAUAUUUAAUGGCAAUUAAUUCAUCAUUAUCAUCGACGACUUCAUCAUUAUGUUCAUCUAAUUGUUAUUGCAAUGAUGUUAAAAAAAUAACACCCUACUAUCAUGUUAUCGAUUUACCAGAAUGA